AACACAAGUCAGAGUGUGGGGGUGGUAGGGUCUGCAGGAGAUGCCAAUCAUUAACUCUUGUAUCACAGGUGGGCAAACUGGUGUUCAUCAAAGCAACAGGAGAGCCUAUGGAUGUUGGUUCUCCAGCCCCUGACCCUGAUCUGGCGAUUUACUUUGUAAACAGGUCACAUCAAGACAAAGCAGCAACAGAGACAGAUGGUGUUGGUCCCUACUGUUCAAUUAAACCACUAAACUCCCUUCCAGCAUCCCCAAAUUGCCCUUCAGGGUCUAAAGCAACAUGGGCAACUCUCCUUGAAGCUGCCUCAUUUUCCCCAACUGUAAAACAAAAGGGGUAGCCACAGUUCUCUAUAGCAGUUUCCAGGGAUUUGUUCCCUGAUGCCCUUCUGUCUGAUCCCGGGACUGCUCCAGGACAACUCCAGCCCCAGUCAGAGGCAGGGUUUGAGCCGGGGACCUCGGUGUCUGUUAAGGCCAUUAUUCUCUUCCCAGCUAGGUAGUCACAGAAAAGCAAAGCACGUUGGAGCCACUGGGCCUUUUUCGUUCUCCUGGCCCUGCUGGAUAUAGUGGGCUCCUUUGCUUCCAGGUCCAGAAGGAUCGAACCCAGGACGCCCCAGGAGCCCUCGCAUUUCCAUUACCCCGCCUACCAACGAACCCCGCCUCCAGAUGCCGCACCCACUUUGGAGCCCCGCCUUCUUUCAACCUUGGGGCGGGGCCACCUCGGGGCUGCCCGCGGAGAAGCCCUGGCGGUGGGGAUCUAGCCCUCGGUUAGAACCAGAGAGCUCAGCAAAGGCUUGGGGCGUCCUGAAACCUUCACUCGGUCCCAGUCAACGCUUGUAGGCCUCGGGUGGACGAGCCGGCCCCGCAGCAUGGGCCAUUUCCGAGGCACGUGGUUUCCAAGGCCCCCGCCGGGACUGAGAAAAGUUUAUGGUUCUGAUCAUAGCAGAAUGGUAUAGCAUUGCGGGAGGGCAGAAAGAAUCAGAGAUGCUGCAGCCACCCACAACAUCUGGCCUCCUCCAGAGCGAGCAUUCGUCGGAAGACCGGCGUUUCCCGCGAGACUCUUUCGAAUAGAUGCACGGUGUGGAAACAACCGACCGCAAAUCACUUGUCACCGCUGCACUCCGAAAAGACAGAAACGUCGAGCCACUUCUAAAGCUCCUGGGGUGUGCUUCUGCCUCUCAGACGGGUGUGCGCUCCCAGUCCCCGCACAGCCUCUAAUCCCUGCUCGGCGUCAUCGUCGCCCUCGGCAACACUCCCUGCCGGGAGUCCUGUCCCUUUAAGGCACCCUAGAGCCUUAGUCGUUUUGGUUUCGCGCGCCCGCCCGCAGCUCCGGCAGAGCGACCAUGGCCCGGGCAGCGCGCUUUGCGUGGGUUCUUGGCUUGAGCCGGUGCGCCCUGACGGAGGGGUCGCGUACACGACCCUGGGCGCCAGUCUCGGCGCAGAGGUGGGCCGGCUUCACCAGGGCUGCGGCAGGGAGCCCAGGCCCCGCGGUCCGCAAGGGGAGCCCGCGGUUGCUGGGGGCGGCGGCGCUGGCCCUGGGCGGCGCGCUGGGGCUGUACCACACCGUGCGGUGGCACCUGCGCUCCCAGGACCUCCGCGCCGAGCGCUCUGCCGCACAGCUGUCCCCAUCCAGCCACCUGCAGCUGACCCUGUACCAGUACAAGACAUGUCCCUUCUGCAGCAAAGUCCGUGCCUUCCUCGACUUCCACUCCCUGCCCUAUCAGGUAGUGGAGGUGAACCCUGUCAGAAGGACUGAAAUCAAGUUCUCCUCCUACAGGAAGGUGCCCAUCCUGGUGGCCCAGGAAGGAGACAGCUCGCAACAGCUGAACGACUCCUCCGUCAUCAUCAGUGCUCUCAAGACACACCUGGUGUCAGGGCAGUCCCUGGAAGAGGUCAUCACCUAUUACCCACCCAUGAAGGCCAUGAACGACCAGGGCAAGGAGGUGACUGAGUUCUGCAACAAGUACUGGCUCAUGCUGGAUGAGAAGGAGGCCCAGCGGAUGUAUGGUGGGAAGGAAGCCAGGACGGAGGAGAUGAAGUGGCGGCAGUGGGCAGACGACUGGCUGGUGCACCUCAUCUCCCCCAACGUCUACCGGACGCCCACCGAAGCCCUGGCUUCCUUUGACUACAUUGUCCGUGAGGGAAAGUUUGGGGCUGUGGAGGCCACCAUGGCCAAGUAUGUGGGUGCAGCGGCCAUGUACCUCAUCAGCAAGCGCCUCAAAAGCAGGCACCACCUGCAGGAUGAUGUACGUGUAGACCUCUAUGAGGCAGCCAACAAGUGGGUGACCGCAGUGGGCAAAGACCGGCCGUUUAUGGGGGGCCAGAAGCCUAAUCUUGCUGACCUGGCAGUGUAUGGUGUGCUGCGAGUGAUGGAGGGUCUGGAGGCCUUCGAUGACCUGAUGCGACACUCACGCAUCCAACCUUGGUACCUACGAAUGGAGCGGGCCAUUGAGGAAGCCCCAUCAGUGCACUGAGUCCCCCCAGCUGCAGAGACUAGUGCCGAGGGGUCAAGACCUCCUGACUAGCUCCUGGCCAUGCCGUAGGGGGCAGUCAUUUUGUCUCUGGUCCACCCAGCCCCCUGGCCCUCUACUGGACAUUACUAGGGUCCUUGCCACUGGAGACAAGGCCCAGGCUCACAGCUGUUCCGAGGGUAACGAGGUCAGGGGUUGCAGAGGACUGACUGCCUUCCAGCCCCAGUUCCAGGGGCCUGUUCUCAGCAGGGAUUCCUUUCCAGCUCCCCCAGGGCUCCUUGACUCCCUGUUAGCAAGGAUCAGACUGGCUCCCACCCUGGACCAGGGGAGGGCAGUUUGCAUUAGGGAAAGCCCCGUUUCCUCCUUCCAGUUCUUCCCAGGUACCCCUGGGACUAUUGUAUUUCCAAUAAAGGAGAUGUCUGCUGCUCCCCUCAGGCAGCCACUGUU